GCUUGUAUGCAAGAUUACUUGGCUGGUUUUCAGACCAAAGCUCCUUCUGCAUAGUGUCAGUCACUAUAACUGUUUACAUAGUUUAACUGUCAUAAAUCGAUAUAUAGAAUACACCAAAUCCACUAGAAAAAGACUUCUUGAAACAUGUAUUACACCUAUUCUUCUAAUCGGGGUUAGAAUAUCCCAAACAUCCAUCUAAGUUUGAAUAGGUUGUCUCCUAGCAUCUAGCAAACAUAAUAAUCUCCUCUAAGAUCAUAACAUUCAUCUCUCAUGGGAGUUAUGCAAAUCAAACUAAGAUCAAAAUUCAUUUGACCGUAGAUUUUAUGAUAGAAAUAGUUUGGUGGUCGUGUAUAGUUACUAUGAAUGCACUUAGUUUUAGGUGGAGGCCUAGAAAACUUAAAGAUUGCAGAGGAAGUUGACUGACUUUUUAUCAUAUGAGAUCGUUUACUUUUGAGAUGAGACGACCCUCACCAUUUUCUUCUACUUCUAGAUAUCUUUGACCGUCUAAUAUAUGUAAUCCUCACACUAAGUACUUGUUGAAUAGUUCUGUCGGCACAGAAUUAAGGAAAAUACUAUCCAAAAGCUAUGGGGUUGAAUUUUUUUUUUUUUCUGCUAAAACUUGGUCAGUCGAUUAAUGAUGUCCAAUAGAUUCUUCAUUUUUCAUAUAUUGUUCUUUCUUACUUUCGUCACUAAACAUUAUACAUUAUAGUCGGUUUAUCCAAAAACAAUGACUUCAGAUACGAAAGAGUACAAGCCUUUAGUACUACGAAAUUUCUCUUUUUAUUCUUUUAAUUGUAAUCCGUUGACUAUUGUCAUCCUCCAACAAAUUCGUUAACUUUGAACUUUUCUUCUUCUAACAUGCGAUUUUUUAAUUUAUAUUUUAAUAGAAUAGAGGAAAUGUAAAACAGCAUGGGUUGGCUAAAAGCUUAAAAUCAGUUAUAUAGAUAGAAAAAAACAAAAAAAAAAAUUGUGUAAGGCAGCAAACGUGUGGUUUCAUCUUCUUCCUCCUCUGUAGUUGGAAAGUUUAAUAAUGGAGAGAUUUUGUUGUAUUCAAAACUCUGUUCUGCUCUCAUUUCUUCUUGUUCUGUUUUUCUUCAUCCCCAACUGUUUUGCUUCGAGUCAAAACGACGAUGAUGAUAAACGGGUUCGGGUCGGAGUCGGGUUGGUUUUGGAUUUGCGUUCCGUGGAAGGGAAGAUAGUGAGAAGCUCGGUUUCCAUGGCGCUUUCCGAUUUCUACGCUAUUCAUAAUGAUUACAAAACCAGAGUCUCUCUCUUAGUCAGAGAUUCUCAUGGAGAGCCUCUCCUUGGUCUUGCUUCUGUUGUAGAGUUGCUGCAAACACAAGGAGUGGAAGCCAUAAUUGGCGGGAACUCGUUGCUAGAAGCGAAGCUUAUGGCGGAACUUGGAGAGAAAGCUAGGGUUCCUGUGAUAUCACUUAACUCUCCCAUGUCAUUGUCAUUGAGCAAUUACAGUCACUUGAUUCAAGUCACACAUGAUUCUGCCUCAGAGGCUAUGGGAAUGACAGCUUUCAUCAAUGGGUUUGAUUGGAACAGUGUUGCUCUUGUUUAUGAAAAUCAUGAUGAUUGGAGAGAAAGUAUGCAACCCAUGGUGGACCGUUUCCAUGAGAACAACAUUCGUGUAAAGUCCAAGAUUGGUUUUACUGUCUCUUCAAGUGAGGAUUCUUUGAUGGAUCGGUUACAGAAGCUGAAGGACUUGGGAACUACUGUCUUUGUUGUUCAUUUGUCUGAAGUUAUUGCAACUCGUCUUUUCCCAUGUGUUGAGAAAUUAGGGAUGAUGGGUGACGGGUUUGCUUGGAUUCUAACUGCCAGAAGCAUGAGCAGUUUACAUGAGUCCGUUGAUAAUUUCGCAAAGGAGGCAAUGGAAGGUGUGGUUGGUUUCAAGUCUUAUAUACCAUCGUCAAAAGAGCUUCACAACUUCACUUUGAGAUGGAGGAGAUCACUCCCUGUUGAAGAAGUUAUUGAAGGUGAGAUUACUCGGUUGAGUAUCUCUGGCGUAUGGGCUCACGAUAUCGCUUGGGCUCUGGCGAGUGCAGCUGAAGUUACAAGGAUGCCAAAUAUAUCAUCAACUUUCCUUGAGGCAAUCACAGAGAGUAGGUUUAAGGGUUUGAGUGGUGAUUUCCAAUUGAAUGAUAAGAUGUUGUUGUCAGACAAGUUUGAGAUUGUGAAUAUGAUAGGAUCAGGUGAGAGAAGGAUAGGAUUCUGGAAUUCUAAUGGUAGUUUCAGCAAUAGAAGACAUUUAUCUUCUACUCAUGACAAGCUGGAGACCAUAAUUUGGCCCGGUGGGUCGGCUCAAAGUCCAAAAGGUAGUAUUCGAAGAGAGAGCGAUAGAAAAAAGCUGAGGGUUCUUGUUACAUCUAGCAAUAGAUUCCCAAGACUGAUGAAGGUAGAUACUGAUCCAGUCACACAUGAGAUAACAUAUGUCGAAGGGUUCUGUAUAGACGUCUUUCAGGCUUCCAUUGCACCUUUCAACUAUGAAGUGGAGUACAUCCGUUGGCGCAAUGGAAGUAACUAUGACAAUCUUGCAUAUGCACUUCAUAGCCAGAAAGACAAAUAUGAUGCUGCCGUGGGAGAUAUUACAAUCACUUUUAAUAGAUCGACGUAUGUUGAUUUUACGUUGCCAUUCACCGAAAUGGGUCUUGGAAUUGUAGCAGCAAAGGAGAGAAGUAUGUGGGUGUUCUUCGAACCUCUAACACCAGACCUUUGGAUAACAAGUGCAGCUUUCUUUGUCUUGACGGGUAUUAUAGUUUGGUUGAUAGAAAGACCUGAGAACCCUGAGUUCCAAGGAUCUUGGCCACAACAAAUUGGAGUUGUGCUUUGGUUUGGAUUCUCUACCCUUGUUUAUGCUCAUAGGGAGAAGCUAAAACACAACUUGUCAAGAUUUGUAGUUACAGUCUGGGUAUUUGCAGUGCUCAUAUUGGUUACAAGUUACACUGCAACAUUGACAUCAAUGAUGACGGUGCAACAGAUACGAUUUAACUCCAAUGAAGACUAUGUGGGUCACCUCUCGGGUUCCCACAUCGCAAAUGCGGCCCUCACCAAUUCCAGCCUCCGAGCAAUGAGAUUAUUGGGUCUCAAUACUUCAGAAGAUUAUGCACAAGCCUUGUUGAACAAAACUGUCUCAUAUAUUGUCAGCGAGUUGCCAUACCUCAAAGUCGUCCUUGGCGAAUAUCCUGCACAUUUUCUCAUGGUCAAGACACAAUCUACCACCAAUGGUUUUGGCUUUAUGUUCCAGAAAGGCUCAGAGUUGGUGCAUACUGUGUCCAGGGAGAUCGCAAAGCUAAGGACGAGCGAGAGGCUAAACGAGAUGGAGAGAAGAUGGUUUGAUAAACAACUUCCAUACACAACCGAUGAUACAUCAAAUCCUAUAACCCUUUAUAGAUUCCGCGGUUUGUUUAUGAUCACCGGAGUUUCAUUCGCUAUUGCCCUUGCAGUACUUCUCAUUCUCUGGCUCCAAGAAAGAUGGGAAGUUCUUGUGAACUCGGCCAAUAUAUUCCUCUCACGACGACUUAGACAUUUCAUGAUUCACUUCACAAGAACUAUCCAUCCUAGUCCCCUCGAUGACCCCAUUGGCGAAAAUGCCGUUCAAAUGGCUCAACGUAACAGACCGUAAGUACUGAUUAACAUAGAGCAAAAGGUCCAUCUACUACAAGUGAAGUCGAUGUUCCUGUUCUUUUGCAUCACCCUAUAGCUUACACAAUUGUUGCGAUGUGGUACUGUUACGUCUUUGACUCUGACUCUAACUCUGACCUUGGAGCCUCUCAGAACAACCUUGCCCAUCUUCAAUGUUCCAUUAGUUCUUGAUCCAAACUGGCUUACGUCUGAAAGUAUAAAUGAUUGUGAUCAAUUUGUAAAUUGUAGUGUGACCAUUCAGAACCACUUUAUGAGUUUUUGGUAGCAAGAUAUACCUCCCACUGA